AUGCUAAAUCAUAAACGACUCGUCGUUUUACUCUCUCUCACCACUCUUCUCUUCCUCUCUUCACUGUCUCUCACUUUCUGCGACAAAACCUCUAAAAACGACAUCGAAGACGACGAAGAUCUCAGCUUCUUGGAGGAACCCGAAGACGCAUCCACCACACACCACGACGACGCCAAUUAUCCAGAUCCCGAUAAUCUCAUCGAAGAGGAUGAAGAAGACGACGAAGGAGACGACUUCGGCGACUUCUCCGGCUACGACCCUAACUCGGAGGAAGAGUUCAAGGAUCCAGAGGUGGAUGAAAAAGACGUCGUCGUUUUGAUUGAGCGAAAUUUCACCACCGUAAUUGAAAACAACCAAUUCAUGCUUGUUGAAUUCUACGCCCCGUGGUGCGGUCACUGUCAAGCUCUGGCGCCGGAGUAUGCCGCGGCCGCCACUGAGUUGAAGACAGACGGUGUCGUUUUGGCUAAGGUCGAUGCUUCGCAGGAAAAUGAAUUGGCUCACGAGUAUGAUGUUCAGGGUUUUCCUACUAUCUACUUCUUCGUCGAUGGAGUUCAUAAACCUUACAGUGGCCAAAGAACUAAAGAUGCUAUAGUGACAUGGAUUAAGAAGAAGAUAGGGCCUGGUGUAUACAACAUAACUACAUUGGAUGAUGCUGAACGAGUAUUGACCUCUGAAACUACAGUCGUUUUGGGUUUCCUUAAUUCCUUAGUUGGUGCUGAAAGUGAUGAGCUAGCUGCAGCAUCAAAACUUGAGGAUGGCGUCAAUUUUUACCAAACCGUGAUUCCUAAUGUGGCUAAGCUUUUCCAUAUUGACCCAAAUGUCACGCGCCCUGCUUUGGUCUUGCUCAAGAAAGAGGAGGAGAAACUGAACCAUUUUGAUGGCCAAUUUGUUAAAGCUGCAAUAGCCAACUUUGUAUCCUCCAACAAGCUUCCGCUUGUCACGACUUUUACACAGGAAAGUGCCCCAGUCAUUUUUGAAAGUCCAAUCAAGAAACAGCUGUUGCUGUUUGUGACUAAAAAGGAUACAGCGAAGUUCAUUCAAGUAUUUCAAGAAGCAUCAAAGAUUUUCAAGGGAAAGCUGAUUUUUGUUCAUGUGGAAAUGGAUAAUGAAGAAGUUGGAAAGCCUGUUGCAGAUUAUUUUGGUAUCUCUGAGAAUACUCCCAAAGUACUUGCAUUCACAGGAAAUGAUGAUGGUAAAAAAUUUUUGCUUGAUGGAGAGGUGACUGUUGACAAUAUUAAGGCAUUCGGGGAAGAUUUCCUUGUAGACAAGCUAAAACCUUUCCUCAAGUCAGAUCCAAUUCCCGAAAGUAACAACGGUGAUGUGAAAAUAGUUGUUGGCAAUAACUUCGACGAAAUUGUCUUGGAUGAGUCAAAGGAUGUUCUACUUGAGAUUUAUGCUCCCUGGUGUGGCCAUUGCCAAGCCUUGGAACCAACAUACAACAAGCUCGCAAAACAUCUUCGUAGCAUUGAUUCUAUUGUAAUAGCCAAGAUGGAUGGAGCAACAAAUGAGCAUCCUAGGGCAAAGUCUGAUGGAUUCCCCACUCUCCUCUUCUACCCAGCAGGAAAAAAGAGCUCCGACCCUAUUACUGUUGAUGUAGAUCGGACAGUGGUGGCUUUUUAUAAGUUUCUCAAGAAACACGCAUCAAUCCCAUUCCAACUCCAAAAACCAACCUCAACUCUGAAAACCGAAAAUAGUGGGAAUUCUGAUAUCAAGGAGAGUCAGAGUAGCAGCACAGAAGUGAAGGAUGAAUUGUAA